AUGGGAGAUUCAAGCGAAGAAGAGCAGUAAUACAUCACUGACUUGAAGUCUAAAUACGAUUAAUCAAGAGUUAAGACCUCUACAACUGAAAAUAAUGAAAAAUAAAAUGAGCAGCAUCCAUAUGUCAAUCUUAUUGUAGAGAAUACUCCUAAUGUAAAAAAAUCAAAAGUCAAUGAGACUUCGAAAUCUCAGAUUAAAACUUCUCAAAUUGGGUAAUCUUGGCAUCCCAAACAUAAAGAGUUGAUAUAAAAAGUUUACUCGCAGCUAAGACCAGUAAUACUUUCGGAUAAUACAAAUACUAAGAGCACUCUAAGAUCACCAAUGAAAUCGUCAGUGAACAAAUCAUUCGAUAAAAAGCUCAAAGGGAGCAACGGGACUGUAGGACAUACAAUGUAUCAAAGUCUAGACUUCGAGCCUUCAUAAAAUUAUCUUAGACUAAAAAAGUAGCAUAGUCUGACAUUGAAUAGCAAAUCUGAUCGUUUAAAGGCCUUCCUUAAUGUGCAUAGUCAGUGGAAGAAAGAUAAAUUCCUCUCAAAUAAUAACUAAGUCUUAGGGAGUGGGUCUAAAGAGGGAAGAAAAUUAAACCUAGCUGAAUUCAAUUCGCUUUUCAAAAGAAAGGAAUUAAUCAAAAAAAAUCCAAACAAUGUGCCUUAAAAGAAAAUCUACAAUUAUGUGAUUCCAUCUGAGCGCAAAAGAGAUGACUUGAGAUAUGAAAUUAGAAUGAAAAUGCUUAGGAGUAGUACGAUGUCAAUCCAGAGACCAUUCUCUAGCGAUGGAAAGCGCAAGGAUGGCAUAAAGAAGACUAUAACAUCAAUUAACUCUACUUACAUAUACUAAUACUAUAAUGCCCAGACUAAGUAGAAGAAAUUCGGAAGAUCAAACUGUUUCCAAGAAGAGAAGAAGAGAUUCUGCAUCACCAAAGAGAGAUUCAGAUAGAAGUAAUCCCUAUCCUUUUAAAGCUGUUUAUAUUUAGAAUCUAAAAAGAGAGACGAAAAAAGAGAUGAUAAAAAGAGCAAGAAAGAAAGAUCACCAUCAAAGAAGGUUACUGAGGAGAAAGAAGUAGAUCAUGUUAAGACCAGAAGAAUGAGUAUGGCAGCUGAAAAGGAUGCAGUUGAUUAAGAAGGUGCCUUUGAAAACUUCCCAUAAAUUACACCCAAGACUAUUGAGAGUCUCAAAAAGAGAGGUAUUACAAAGUUGUUCCCAGUUUAAUACUAAUCAUUCAAUCAUGUCUGGAAUAGGAAAGAUCUUAUAGUCAGAGAUCUGACAGGUUCAGGCAAAACCAUGGGCUUCGCUCUGCCUAUGGUAGAGUACUUCAGAAAGCAUAAGCUAUUUGGUACUGGAAAAAUUUAAGGAAUGUGUUUAGCACCAACAAGAGAGUUAGCCCUUUAAGUAUCAAAGGAGUUUAAUGCUCUUAAGCAUUCUGAAAACGAAUUCAAUGUUUUGACAGUCUAUGGAGGAGUCUCAAUUGAGGAUUAAACCUACUAAUUGAGAAGGGGUGUUGAUAUUUUUGUCGGAACAACUGGUAGAGUUUUAGAUCAUAUGGAGAGAAAGAACUUUAACUUCACGGACCUUAAGACAAUCGUAUUGGAUGAGACCGAUUAAAUGCUCAAAUAAGGAUUUAAAGAAGAUGUUGAGAGAAUUAUGGCAACUAUUAAGGAAAAAGCCCCUAAAAAUCUAUAAGUACUUUUAUUCUCUGCUACAGUGCCAUUUUGGGUGAAGCAAGUUGCAAAGGAACAAAUGGCUCCAGAUUUCAUGAUGAUUGAUCUGGCUAAGGACUUGCAUAAUAAGACAUCUAAGACUGUUAAUCACUUGUCCAUCAAUUGCCCAUACUAAAAUAGAAUGUCAGCACUAGCUGAUAUUUUAGUUUGCUAUGGAGGUAUCGGCUAAACUAUUGUAUUCUGUUCUACCAAAGCUGAGGCUAACUCACUCUUACUUUCUGAUAAGAUUAAGUAAGAUAUUGAGGUCAUGCAUGGAGAUAUCGCUUAAAAUCAAAGAGAAGUCACCUUGAAAAGAUUCAAGGAAUGCAAAUUCAAUGUUUUAGUUGCUACUGAUGUCGCUUCAAGAGGUUUAGAUAUUCCAAAUGUCGACCUUGUCAUCCAAGUUGAACCACCUAAAGAAGUUGAGACCUAUAUCCAUAGAGCAGGUAGAACUGCUAGAGCAGGUAGAACAGGAACCUGCAUUACUUUCUAUGGAAAGAAGCAUUAAGGACUUAUCACUAUGAUUGAAUAAAAAGCUGGUAUUAAAUUCUAGAAAAUUGGAGUCCCACAACCAGAAGAUGUUAUUAAAGCAUCAUCAAGAGAUGUUAUAAAGAAUCUUGAUUAAGUUGUAGAUUAAGUCCUACCUCUAUUUGAGGAUGCUGCUGAUUUGCUAAUUGAAAAGUACGGGAAUGAUCCCAAGAAAGCACUUCAAGUCACACUUGCCUAUCUAUCUGGACAUUACAAGCAAGUUAUGAGUACAAGAAGUCUAUUAACAGGCCAAGAAAACUAUGUGACGGCAGAAAUUAAACUAAACAAUGCAUUCAAUUCACUUUCCUUUGUUUGGGGUAUCUUAAAAAGGUAUCUACCAGAUGGAAUGGUGAAUUCAAUUAGAGGCAUGAGAAUGUUUAAAGACAAUAAGGGUGUUGUUUUCGAUGUACCAGAUGAUUCAAUUGCUAAGUUUGAAGACACUUUCAAGCAUCUAUUCGAUGAAAAGAAAAUUGACUUCCAUGUUGGAAUAACUAAGGAGCUUCCAGAUUUGAAAGAAGAUAAUGAUUUCUAAUAACCAUCAAGUGGUUAUGGAGGAUAUGGUAACAGAUAAGGUGGAGGUUAUGGGCAAUCUAGUGGUGGAUAUGGCCAACAGAGAAACCAAUCAUAUGGCAAUAACUAAGGAGGCAACUAAUUCGAUGGCUACCAAAGAAAUUAAUCAGCUCCAUCAAGAGGAAAUAACGAUGAAAGAACAGUAUUUGUUGGAAAUCUUGGUUUUAACACUUAAGAAAAGGAAAUCGAGGGUCUAUUUACAAAAGAAAGACUAAAUCCAAGCAGGCUAAGACUCUUAAACGGGCCUGAUGGGCAAUUUAAAGGAGCAGCUUUUGUUGAAUUUAACUCAAAAGAGGAAGCAGAAAAAGCAUGCUAAUUAGACGGAAGGUAAAUUGGGGAUAGAAAAAUUAGAGUUAACCCAGCAGGCAAUAAACCAAACCCAAGAUGA